GUGCCGUUCAAACGAACUGCAAGAUUGUCACUACUGCAUCAACACCCCUGGUUCGUUUCAAUGUAGUUGUCGAGACGGACACAGGCUUGUCAAUGGGAAAGAAUGCCGUGAUGUUGACCUAUACCCAUACGGGAUUGAGGUUGGUAGUAGUUCGGAGCACUGGCACAGCUACUACUACCACAGUUGUAAAAGGCAGACGCUACCGAUGGAGGGAUUUCGAUUUUUUGGACGCCGUCACCUUUACAUACACAUUUGUGACAACGGGAUCGUUUCCUUCGACAUGAUUCGGCGACCGUACUGGCCAAUCAGGCUCACGAGUCAUCAGUGGAUGUACUCUGCUGUUAUCGCGCCAUUUCUAGCAAAUUCCCGCCCGCUGAGCCCAUUGGACAACGCUUUACAUCUGGGUACCAAACUCUUCUACGAGCUGUACGCAAAGAACGACGGGAACUCUUACACAGCGGCCAUUCUCAAUCGUGCCCGUGACGAUGGCCGGUCUACAAGAGGAUUUUAUCUUCCAUAUUAUGACCCAGUAUGGGCAGUGGUGGUGACAUGGAGUAACGUUGUACCUGACCCCCAUAUCUGCCCGGGAGGAUUCUGUCCUGUCGACAAUAGCAGGCUUCCGAGGAAUAGCUUCCAGUUGGUACUGUCAACCGACGGGACACAUUCGUUUGCUCACUUCAUCUAUCCUACGAUGAAGAUUGGUUGGGCAAGUCCAGAUGAACUGUUGGGUCAAACUAGUCGACCAAAUGCCAUUGCAGUGGCCGGAUAUAACGCCGGCCAGGGUUACUGGUUGAACAAUGCCAUGGACAUGGCGUACUCGGGGACAAUGAGGAUGAAGAGCGCAUGGUCUACGUAUGGAGGUCAUUGGAGCUACCCUCUUCAAAGACAGGACGACCCGUUUGUGCCUCAACCGUCGGUGGUGCAGUGCGCUGUGUGGAUCAGGAGACAGCAGGAUGACAGGGGACUUGACUGGUUUCUACGAAACGUCUACAACUGGCUGCGCUGGGCAUACACGUGCCCCUGUACUGCAGAACAAGCAUAUCAUGACAACACGUACAGCUACAGCAUCUCGCGAUCCUGUGCUGAAAGUAGAAGACGGUACGUGUUCACCUACGGGGGUAGACGGUACUCUAUCAGCCGUACAUGCUGCUACAGUCCUGCACACUACUGGUGGCAAACACGUGUUGUGUGGCGGGGAUGGUGGUGGUCACGUCACCAGAACAACCGUUUGAGUGAUCAACAGGUUCAUCGCCAGUGCUGCGUUGACUCCGGCCGGCUGAGGUCCGGGUGGUACUGUCGCAGGUUCUCUCAGUACCGGCCCUGGUCCGUGCCGUCUUCGGGAAAUCCGUGCCGACAAUAUCCUCUUCAUAUAGGCUGGAUCCGUGCCUGGGGAGACCCCCAUAUCACCACACUGGACGGAGUGCGGUACGCUUUCAACGGGCUGGGGGAGUUCGUGGUGGUGGAUGUAGACAAUGGAGAACAUCAGGUGCAGGGAAGGACAUGCUUUGCGAAAGGAAGCAGCCAUGCAACAGUCUUCUGUGCCAUUGCUGCUUCUCAAAAGAACCACACCAGUAUUCAAGUCAACUUGGAAGGUGAAUCUGGAGUGGAAGUUUACGUUAACAACCCCGCAGUCAACACGACGCUGUUUGAAGAGGAAGAUUUCGAGUUAGAAGUUGAUCAAACCGCCGUCUUAACUCAACCAUCCAACAACUCCAUACUCAUCGUCUUUUUCAGCGGAAUAACAGUGAAAGUUACAUCAAAUAAGGCGAUGCUCUUCAUGGAGUUUUCUGCACCCGAGGAGUACAUGAACAAGACGCGGGGCCUCUUGGGAAGAUGGGAAGGCGACACUUCAAACGACUUUGAUUUCUUCAACGGCACCUUACUUUCUUUCAAAUCUUCGGAGAGACAAAUCUUUGAGAUGGGAAGCUCGUGGCGAGUAACAGAUGGUGAUGGUCCAAAGAAGUCCAUCUUUCAAUACAAGCCCGGUGAAGAUUCCAGCAACUUUACUUCUGACGGUUUCCUUCCGAAAUUCACCGAUGAACUGAACUUCGGUGAUUCAGAACUAGAGGACGAGGCGCGUGAGGUCUGCGGGAACGAUACGUCGUGCCUGUUUGACGUCGCCGAGACGGGGGACAUCGACGUCGGGAGACUGGCGGAGGCAGAAGAGCAGAACUUUGAAAACAGCGUAUCUGCUCGAGACACGUUCCCACCAGUUAUUUCUGGACCAGAGGCCGUGUAUGUAAACCUAGGAGAUGUUGUGGAGAUACAAGUCAACGUCUCUGAUCCCGCCGGCCUCAACCUGACGAUCGAAACGGGCGACGAAGUACCACCGGACGUCUCCGUCUUUAUCAACGACAAUAACGUCACCCUUUUAUGGAAUGUGACGUCCGACGAAAUCUUCAACCUCCAGCUCAUGGCGACAAACACAGAGAACAGCUCAGCUGAGUACUGGCCUGUUGUCUACAUGUGCUCCUGUAGAAACAACGGGUCCUGCAACACCAGCAGCAGCAUGGACCCCUCACUUGGGCAGUUCAUAUGCCAAUACCCGUUGCUCCAUAGUUUUUUUUUUUUUUCUUGUAGGUUCAUCAUCCUGGAGUGUGUGUGCCAGGAUGGCUAUACAGGUCAACACUGUGAAACUGAUAUCGACGCCUGUGCAGCGAACUUCGACCCUUGUUUCCCUGGAGUGAACUGUACGGAUCUACCCCCGCCAGCUGAUGUGGAUGGGUACGAGUGUGGAGAGUGUCCUGUGGGAUAUGAAGGCAAUGGAACAAUAUGUCAAGAUGUGGAUGAAUGUGAGACAGAUGAAGGCCUACAGUGUCAACAUAUCUGUAUAAACAACAUUGGGAACUUCACCUGCGGCUGUCACCCCGGGUAUCAUCUCUCGGAGAACAACUUUAACUGCUCCGACAUCGAUGAAUGCUUUAUCCCGAACAACUGCAGUCAGCUAUGUGACAACACAGACGGGUCCUACAACUGUUCCUGUUGGGACGGCUUCAGUCUGGAUGCAGAUGGACAAUCCUGCCAGCCAAACAAUCCAUGUGAGGGAGGUACUGACCCCGGUUGUGACCCUGAGGGAGGCUGGUGCGUGGUGAAUGGGACCGGCACGGCGGUCUGUGUGUGUGAGGCCGGGUACGAGUUGGCAAACGACAGCAUAACAUGCCUAGAUAAGAAUGAAUGUGAAUUGGGGGAAAGCCAUUGUCACCAACUUUGCAACAACACUGUUGGAGGAUACACUUGUUACUGUGAGGAUGGUUAUGAGUUGACAGAUGAUCCUGCACAACCAUGCAAAGAUAUUGACGAAUGUUACGAAGGUACCAACAACUGCACCUUGAAUGAGAUCUGCGUCAACAUACAUGGAACAUACUACUGCGUUUGCGCACCAGGAACAUCCAUUUCAAAUGGUGUCUGCGUUCCAGAUAUACCCGAGAUGACACCUCCUGCCAUGGCCACUGAGCCUUCGUCUACCGCCAGCUGGCAGACGCAAACUGACAAAACUACUGAUGGUGUGACAGCGGCAACUGAUGUUGUGACAGUGGUAAUGCCGACGACAUCGCCGAGUAUCGCUGGACCAAUCACAGAACAACACGUGGCAGGGAGCACCACAACCAUCAUCAUCAGCGUCCUCUCGGCUUCAGCCAUACUGAUUGUAGUCGCUUUGAUCUUUUGGCGCAUGAGUACCCGAGUGAAGACUGUUCAACUGGCGGGUAAAAGCUAUCCGGGAUCCACAGACGAACUGGUCGUCAAGCAGAUCCGCAAAUCCGAGACCCUGGAGAUGAAGAGGAUGUGAUGUUUGUAUACAUACCGCGAUUUGAAGUUUCUCAAUAUACAUUAGAUGUUUGACGUUUAUCACAGUAGAUACAUGCACAAAUUGAUUUACAUGCAUAAACUGAUUAAGGUUUACUAUAGUAAAGUGAUUGGCACUUGUCUUUACAGCUUAAGUAAUUAUUGUUUGUCUAUAAACCUGAAGUGACUAAAGCUAGUAUUCAUACAUUUAGUAAUUUGUGUUUGUAUAAUUAAAUUGAGUAAUUGACAUUUGCCUGUAAAGAUUAAGUGAUUAAAGUUUGUCAAUAUAGUUCAAAUAAUUUACGCUUGUUAUAGAGAUUAAAUUGAUAGACUGCAACCUGGCGCUUGUAAUAGAAGGUUUGACAUAAUGACACCCCUACCUCGAGUCAUCUUCGUUAGGAAGUUCUUCACUUUCAAGGCAAAAUGCGACAAUAUGUAUACUGCAAUAAUUAGACAACUAUGCUUUAAACACAUAAACUUCUUCUAUGUUCUAUGAUAUCGGCCAAUACAGUCCCUUAUUCAAUUGAAAUUGUGAGGAUUAAUGGGCCAACAACUGGUCAGGACAGAAAGUAUACUAAUAAAGGUAAAUACAAAGGAGCAAAUAGAUGUAAAAUUAUUAUUGAUUCAUAACAUCAGCAUAAACAUAUUUUAUUUAGACAAAUGAGCAUAUUAAACAUGCUGAUGUGUAUACGUUACUGAUCUCUGUGUGUUUAUUUUUAUCAAUAGGCCAAAAUGCCUUCAUUACGUUAAAACCAAGGAGUCCUAAUUUACUAAUCCAAGCCACUAAAUUAUUAUAAGCAAUGCACUAGAAAACUAAAAAAACAACAACAAAUAUUUCAAUAUAAAAGGUAUUACCUUAAAUCAUUACAUGUUGCAUGAGGUAAAAAAAAAACUUAGGUUUGGAAUGUUGACGCAGUGGUUACGUAAGUUACGUAGACACUGAUAAGAAUAAAUUUAAAUAAUUUUGGUGUCUUCCGUUGUUCAUAGCUGACUUUGUCGGCAGCUAAGGUCAGACAACUUGUCAGUAACUAGGGAACAACACGCACACUUUGCCUCCUGGCGGAACCGGUUUUUCCAGUUUUGGAAGCUGUCAUGUUACCCACUGCACACGCCUUACUUUGGAAAACAUUGUGUUAAAACUUUAUUAGUUUGUGAUAAAUGUAUAAUGCAAAAAUUUGUAAUCAAACGUUAUCUACUGGAGAAUAAAAAAAAAAUGUUUAGUUCCUUGACCGAGUUAUGUACAUCAAAUGUACAAUUUAAGUCUAAAUCUCGCGUGAGUUAAUGCCGAUUAGGUUGCAGAAUGGGCUGCUAUGUUUACUACGUCGUCAUGUAAACAGGUGUAAACAGAGCGUGCUUGUCAGCGUGUUUGUCUACUAGUCACUUUGCUACAACAUGGAGGAUAUAAAAGCAAUGCAAGAGUCUACUGCUUCUCAUCCCUUCAACCCACUUGAAAGACGUGUGACGUUUGCUAAAAAGGAUAGCACGAUUGCUGUGUUCGACAGCAAACAGCACACCUCUCGGAUCAGCCAGCACUUCGGACAGUUCGGCAGGGCCGAUGGAGAGUUCCAUCGUCCAGCAGGAGUUAUAGUAUCCAAUUUAGGAGAGAUUUAUGUGGCGGAUACAGGCAACCAACGGAUACAGGUUUUUGACAGCAGUGGAGUGUUCCUCCGUUUAUUCACCACGAGAAUUAACGGAUACACAAAGUCCUGUCCGACCGGCAUUGCGAUCGUUGGCAACAUGUUUCUCGUCACUGAUCCAGUCAACAACGCCGUAAACAUGUUCGACUUCCGAGGAAACUUUACUGGUCACUUCAGUGAAGACACUGUAUUUGAUAGACCAGCUAGUAUCUCCGUUGAUAGAACGUACGGAAUUGUAGCAAUUUCAGAUCAAUUAGGAGUGAGGAUAUUUACAGCGAAAGGAGAACGUAGAGCCGGAGAUAUCUUGCUAGCCGGCCAUAUUGGACCGAUUGCAAAUGAAGUCGCCUGCAACGGUCGUGGGGAGAUCUUACUGUCGUGUUGGUACGACCACUGUGUGAAAGUCUACGACCUCAACAGUGGCUUCAAAACACGGAUAGGAGGCAGGGGGAAUUGGCUGGGUCGUUUGGAGAGGCCCCGUGGGGUGGGGGUGGACAGGCAGGGGAAAAUUGUGGUGUCAGAUGCAGGGAACCAACGAGUCCAACUGUUCGAUCCUCGGGAUCGGCUCGGGUUUUGUCGGCUAGUGGCGGCGCCGGCCGACGGCUUACGAGAGCCGUACGGAGUCCAGGUGUUGUCUGAUGGGAGGUUUGUUGUGGUAGACAACGCGCUGAGUAAGGUUUUAGUGUCAGUAAGAGUCGCUGUGAGCCAUGAUGUUCAUUUCUCUUCGAUCAACACAUCUACUCUGUGCCAAAAGGUACAUUUGAUAAUAGGUUGUGAGAUGAAAAACGUCCAUGUUGUCUUUAUAUAUGAAAGACGAAUACGCUAACAAAAGGAAAUUGUCGAACUCAAAGCUGGUAUAUUAAGCUGGUGGCGAUCAUACCGGCUAUAUGUAGAUCCGGAAAAAACUUGACUAGAAUGUUAGAAUUACGACUAUGUUGCCGUUAAAUAUAACUUGUGGAGUCUUCUUUUUCGCUUUGUUCUUACAUUUGACAGAACAAAUAGUGCUUAUACUAUAUUGAAUGCUGUACAGUUAUGUUGUACAUAUGGAACAAUCUGUAACAGCGUCUAUUAUAUAAUUGAAAAAUGUUCAUUUACGACUAAAUGAAUGCAAAACAACGCGAAGAUAUGUAAAACACAGCCGUCUAAUAGAUACGUUUUAGAAGAUUUACACUCAUGUAUGUAUCUUUAUUUAAAUGUAAGGAAAACCAAUUUUUUUACAAAUUUCAUGUCAUCUACGAUAUUCCGUAUGUAAAAAAAAGUACGAACACACAGGAGAAUAAAUUCCCACUAUUUUUACGGAGGUUAUAUCAAAUCUGCCCUGUUUCUUUCGGCAUGGCUACUGUAAUGCCAUAGGCCCUGAUUUUAGUUCAGAAUAAAGCUCAACAUCAGACACCAGGCGGACGCCAUGGCAGUAGACAUCGAAACCAUCGCUUUCUCACUACUGCUGCCAGGGGGCGCAGUUGGACAUGGAUCGUACCCAUCAAGUCCUCGGCAAGAGUCUGCUUCACUU